GAGACAAAUCUUCAGUAUACGGUGAUGGCUCGUGCGAGACGUAUCCUGGGAAGGAUGAAAGUCCUUAUUCUCUGUGUAAUGAUCUAUGGUUUAUUGGCGGAGAGCACAGAGGAAGUCUUGUCACUCGGCCGAUGGAAGGAGCAGGUUAUUGCGCCAGAGUUUCUAUUGAACAGUCGCGAGGAUAUUUCAGAGAGCAGUCGGGACGCGUUCCUCUUUGAGGAUAACUUCCGUCCCAAGGGACUCGAUGAGGUCAAACGAAUCACCAACACCGAGAAUGUGGGCAUCAAUUUGCAGCCGCGUCUUGUAACGAGAUCUUUGCAAUGCACCUGCGAAACGCAAUACGAAAUAAGAGAUCUGGGCGAUGGACAUUAUCCGAGAUACUUGACAGCGUCGAGCUGCGUGCCAAAAGCCUGCCUGAACAAGUUCAAUUCCUGCCGACUGCUGCACUAUAUGGUUUACGUGUUGAGCCAACGCGAAUUGAGCGAGUUAAAUGAUGAUCGUUAUUCACACGAUAGUGACCUUCAGGAAACACCACUUCCGGAAGCUCUUCGUCAUAAGUGGCAACUGAAGCCAAUGAAAAUUCCGGUUGCGUGUGUGUCGAUGACAGGAUAG